CAAGACCUGGGCAGCCUACAACACAUGCAGCAAUACCUAUCAUUACACCAAUACCUAUCGGAAUAGCUCACAUACCCACUGUGGACAGUUCUGGAAAAAUCACACUUUCUCCUGUGGGUAAGUUCCUUAUCUAUCUUCAACUCUGAUAUUUUACAUUGCUUCUAUUUUAUUUUCUGGCCUGGCUAUUUUUAUCCCAAAAUAGAGAAUUCUU